AAAAACCGCCAACCUGAUCAUGUCCAGUACAGAACUAGUCAGAACAGAACUCUGAAACCACCGAAUACCGCAGCGGCGAGCGGCGAGCGGCGGAGGGGAUAACAAUGGACCUAAACAUGGUGGAACCCGGCGAGAUUCUACCGGAUCGGAAAAUAGAUACGUCGGCAUACGAUCUGCUUCAAACUACUCGCACUUCCGUCGAGGAUAUAGUCGCACAGAUGCUUUCGAUUAAGAAAGACGGAGGCGAUACUACCAGAUCUCAAUUACCUGAACUCGUCACUCAGAUGCUUCUCAACUUCGUCAAUCUUCGUAAGGCAAAUCGUUCUAUAUUGCUUGAAGAAGAUCUUGUGAAAGCAGAAACAGAACAUGCAAAAGCACCUGUGGACUUCACAACCCUGCAACUCCACAAUCUUAUGUAUGAGAAGAAUCAUUAUGUUAAAGCGAUAAAGGCUUGCAAAGACUUCAAGUCAAAGUAUCCGGACAUUGAACUUGUUCCCGAAGAAGAGUUUCACAAAGACGCGCCAGAAGAAAUAAAAAACUCCGUACAGUCGAAAGACAGUGCCCAUAAUUUGAUGCUUAAGAGGCUCAACUUUGAGCUGUUCCAGCGAAAAGAGUUGGCAAAACUUCAUGAGAAACUGGAAGAGCAAAAGAAAGUUCUUCAGGACACUAUUGCAAACAGGAAAAAGUUUCUUUCAAGUCUUCCUUCACAACUUAAAUCUUUAAAAAAGGCAUCUUUGCCGGUGCAAAACCAACUGGGAAUUCUUCACACAAAGAAACUAAAGCAGCAUCAAUCAGCAGAGUUGCUUCCACCUCCUCUUUUCAUGAUUUACUCACAAAUGUUGGCUCAUAAAGAAGCGUUCGGCGAGAGUAUCGAUCUCGAGAUCGUGGGAAGCUUGAAAGACGCUCUUACUUUUGCACGACAACAAGCGAAUAAGGAUAACGGCAUGUCCACUACUAAUAUGGAGAACUCCAAGAUGGAAGAUGAUGUGGUUGACGAGGAAGAUGACGGUCAACGGAGGAGAAAGCGUCCGAAAAAAGUCCAAGUAAAAGAAAACGUUGACGCGGCAAGAAUAUACCAAACACACCCACUUACACUUAUCCUCCAAAUACACGAUGACGAGGCAUCUGAUCCUAAAUCUACAAAGCUUAUUGCAUUAACAUUCGAGUAUUUGUUGAAGUUGAAUGUUGUUUGCGUUGGUAUUGAGAGAUCGAAUGACGGCCCAGAGAGUAACAUUUUAUGCAAUCUUUUCCCAAAUGACCCGGGACUCGAGCUUCCUCACCAGUCAGCUAAGCUUUGGACUGGUGAUGGCCCAAUAUUCGAUGAAAAACGAUCUUCACGUCCGUAUAAAUGGGCCCAACAUUUAGCGGGAAUUGAUUUUUUACCAGAAGUUUCACCCCUUCUUACAGCAGGUGCAGAUUCUACAAACGGUGAAACAACAAAACAAACUGCUAUAGUUUCCGGGCUAUCAGUAUAUCGCCAGCAGAAUCGGGUCCAGACUGUUGUUCAAAGAAUUCGGGCCCGAAAGAAGGCCCAACUGGCCCUUGCGGAACAGAUUGACUCGCUAACAAAGCUUAAAUGGCCUAGUUUGACUUGUCAAACCGUACCGUGGUUUUCGCAUGCCCGUCUAUGCAGUUUACAAAACUGGACAAUUAUACCCUCACAUAAGCCCACCGUACCCAUUGAAGAACAAAAUCAAUCCCGUCAAGAACUCGAGACGGUUGCUGGACCCGACACUUCAAAGUCUGAGAUAGAGAACAUACGCGAAGACGGCGAGCUUCCGUCUCUAAAUCCAGCUGCAACCGUUGCGAAUGAAACCGUGGUUACAGUUACGCCGUUGAAGAUAUCAGGCACUGAUCACUCGAAACGUCUUGCGUUGAUUACUAAAUCAGUGGCGUCUCCAAUGAGCAAGGGUAAAUCACCUAGCUCUAGAAAGCUUGAUGAAGAUUUGGAUUUGAUGUUAGUGUCUGACGAUGAGGUGGAUGAGCCGUUACAAUCCGAGCCUGAACCUGUACUAACAGGGAAUGGAGGCGUACAUGUGAUUGAUAACUCGUGGAUUGCGUGUGGGGCCCGGGACUACCGUCUUGUUUUAACGAGAAAAGUCAACAGUGGUGAUGGGUAUAUAAAGUUAGAAGCAAAGAUCACAGUCAGCAUGGAGUAUCCCCUCAGGCCGCCACUUUUUACGUUGAAUCUUUUUAGAGCCGCUAGUACGGAAACCGAAUCAGAGGCUGAGGCUAACGAGUGGUUUAAUGAACUCCGGGCCAUGGAAGCUGAGGUGAAUAUUCAUGUGAUAAAAACAAUACCCUGGGAGGAAGAAAACAUGGUAUUGGGCCAUCAAAUAUGUUGCCUUGCAAUGCUGUUUGACUUUUACGUGAACGGAGAUUCAUCUACCGAGAGGGGAAAUAGCACUUGUGUGGUUGAUGUCGGUUUGUGCAAGCCCGUUAAUGGUGGGCUUGCAUCCAGAACAUACAGGGGCCGGGAUCAUAGGAAAAUGAUCUCCUGGAAAGACAACGGGUGCACUUCUGGAUAUCCUAGCUAAGGUCAAAUGGUCAACAUCACCAUUGCUACUAACCCCCUCCGUGUCUCGCCAUGGCAACUUGAUGGAGCGUGGUGGAUCCAGGUUUUUUAGAUGGGUAUGUAAUAUCUAUCAUUACGGGAAAUUUAUAGGAAGAAUUAUUGUUUGUUAUUAAUAACUGGAACUGUAUUUGGAUGUACGAGGAUUGUUGCUAUUGGUGAAGAUAAGGACUCUGGGUUUAAACCGCAAA